AUGGCGUCCCAAGACGAGCCCGUUUCGCCGACUGGCAAUGUCCCGACUUUCUCACAUCCCGCAUCUUCGACUCCAGAUGGACAUCGCCCUGGGAGCGUUGUAUCCUCCCACAUGACCGACAUCGCCAGCGAGGAUGAGGCCGACGAGACGGCCAUGACCGCGGCUUCGUCCAAAAUAUGGGGAGGCGCCAGGAAGAACUUGGGCGUCGGCAAGAGAGGAAGCGGCACCAGCACAACCAGUUCCGCGCUGGGAACGUCGCCGAGCCUGACAUCACGUAGCCACGUUCAAGGGCUCACGUCAAACGCCUUUUUCCACCCCAUGAGCUCGCAAAAGCUGCAGGCCCAGAGAGCCGGAGCCGCACGACCUCUCGCGACGACCCAGCCACCACCAGCUGCGCCCCAGCCACAGUUUGGAGACCUGCCCGACAACGCAACGGAUAUCGAUGGCAGUGUGAUCCACGACUUUGCACCUUCACCAGUGGCCCAGCAUGGCCCGCCGCAGUUCCAGCACGUCAUGUAUAGCGAAGAGCAGAGGCACCUGCCCUCCCGCGGCACCGACUUUACCGAGCACGACACAUUCGAUCAGGCUACGGAAGCCACCAGCCCUACCGGUCACUAUGCUGGAGGGAGCAUGUCCGAGAGCGUUCGACCGCUGCGCAAGGCCUCGGUUCCGGAGAAGGCCCACCCACAUCUUGACCUGAGCGGAACCACGAGCCUGAGAGAUUUGAGGAAUUUCCCCAGCCCAAUGCUCAAAACCCCCCGGUCGUUUGGGUCAACUUUCCUCCCCGGGAUGAGUGACCGUGAUCAGGCCCAGAGUGCUGAGGAUCGAAACGCGCCUGGUGUGGAAAAACUCGCCUCCACUGCGUCGUCACCACGACUAAACCCUAUUGAUUCCCAACUACGACCCAAGACCGAGAGCACCGCAGUACAGCACAAGUACAGCAAAGAACGCAACUAUGAGUACUUUGAGGGCAAUACCAUGUUCUUCUUCGGAGGCCGAUGGCAAAACACUAGGCAGCGGCCUAUCAACGUUGCUACUGGAGUCUUCAUCGUUAUCCCUUGCGUUCUGUUCUUCGUCUUCGAGGCGCCGUGGCUUUGGCACAACAUUUCUCCCGCCAUCCCCAUCAUCUUUGCAUACCUUGCCUACCUUUGCUUCUCCUCUUUCCUCCAUGCUUCCAUUUCGGACCCCGGAAUCCUUCCCCGAAAUCUUCACCAGUUCCCACCUCUUGGGCCGCAUGAAGAUCCCCUUCGUGUCGACCCCCCCACAAACGACUGGACACUGAUAAAGUCAGCGGAGCCGACGGCGGCCGCCAUGGAGUUCCCCGUCAAGCACUGCCGGACGUGCAACAUCUGGCGACCCCCUCGUGCUCACCACUGCCGUCUAUGUGACAACUGCGUCGAGACGCACGACCACCACUGCGUGUGGCUCAACAACUGCGUUGGCAAACGCAACUACCGAUACUUUUUCACCUUUGUCUCAUCUGCCACCAUCCUCUCCCUCUACUUGAUCGGCGCAAGCCUUGCACAACUCAUUGUUUACAUGAACCAAAAAAACAUUUCCUUUUCCAAAUCCAUCGACCACUUCCGUGUUUCUCUGGCCUUGGUCAUCCUGGGAGUCUUUGCCUUUCUCUACCCCGCCGCGCUCAUGGGAUAUCACAUCUUCUUGAUGGCCCGUGGCGAAACGACGAGAGAAUUCAUGAACUCUCACAAGUUCACCAAGAGCGAACGAUAUCGUCCAUUUGACCAAGCAAGCUUCUGGAGGAACAUCCUGGCCGUUCUCUGCCGACCCCGCACGCCCUCUUAUUACCAGUUCAAGAAGCGCUAUGAGAACGGCGAUCAACGAUUUGGUCUUCACCGGGACCAACGUCCAGUGCUUGAUUCUCGAGGCCUCGAGAUGGACGCUGUCAAGCCCCCUUCCCAAGGUGGCUUCCAAGGCCCUGUCACCCUCCGGGGUUCAAGCCAGGGUGAACCGUGA